AUUCUAAUGGGCCUAACACUUGUGUAGUUCCUGUUCUGUCAUUUACUUCUACAAGUGGCUGUUGGUAAUAAGGGGAUAAUCCAUUGUUAACGUUGUCGUUGAUAUCAUUAUUUCCUGGACUUAUGUAACUUACGGAGUUACGUCAUAUCCCUAAUGUAGAUCAUAGAUAUACAGACGUUCCAGACUGCAUGAAGCCAUCUCCUAAUCCUGCCAUAACUCCGGUAAUUAUGAUGCCCAUUUCUCAUCGCGGGGUUUCAGAACCGGACGUCCUACAGUAAGUGACCACGUCUGCUGAGAAAGGAGGGUCAAGGUCAAUGGAAGGUCAACAUAGUAGAUCCAAUCAAGUCACACACAACGAAGAUAUCUGAAAACACUGUGAAACAAGUACAGAAAUGGCGCCCGUUGACGGAACCGUCAACAACGAUGGUGGCGAAUCGCCUAGAACAGAUUCUUGCGGAGCGCCCUCUGACGGUGACGAUGCGCUAGUGCAGCGACAGAUGUUGGGGGAGAGGACAUGCCUGGGAAGAACUGGCGCCAAACGGGAUCCCGUGGAUUCGGGGUUCAUCCUUUCCCUCUGCUUCCUCGUCCUCGGGAUCGUCCUCGUGGCAGUUGCCUGGACCAUCCCGCGGGAGCCGACGGUCGACCCUGACACCCAGCCCGCCAGGGAAAUAGAAAGGAUCGAGACUAAGUACGUCAUUUUACGCCAACACCUUGACAACUGUGUGAUGGCCGGGAUCAUCUUCUUGACCUUGGGAGGAAUUUCGUUAUCACUGGUACUUCUCUAUGCAAUCUGCAUGGGAGAACUGAACCAGUUAUAUCACAUGACCACAGAAGCGACCAGCGCCAGGGAUUAUGGGAGCGUGCAGCGAUUCGAGAUGUCUCGGACGAACCGCGAAACCACGCAAAGUCUCGUGGAUAACGAGAUGUUGGUUGUGAAUGAAGAGGCUGGCGUCCAACUUGGGAUGCCGUCUCCGAUUUACAUGACCACAGAAACACAAGUCCAAUAUCAGGAAAGAACAGAAUGAGUUUGGCCUGAAGAUUAAGUGAAACAAUCCUUAACAUACUACAACAAGAAAUAAUAACAGAUUUCAAAGAAGUUGGGGGGAUUUGGUGAAUGGAGGCCAUUGAGUGACAUUGAAAUUGGAUUGACGUAGCCUAUGACUUCACAAAUUAAAUAUGAUCAGUCAUACACUAGUACGAUUCGAAAGACAACAAAGUACACAAAACUUACAAAAGCAAAACAAAAAACAAAACUUAAUCAAUGCAAUUAAUCUGAACUGGUAAUGACAGAUUCGGUCGUUGAAUACUAGUAGUCGCUCAACGAAUGCAGCAUCGACAAAAACACAAUGACAAAAUACAGAAUAUAGUAUAGACAUAGGAAGCAAUUUGUCGCCUGCCAUAGAUAACGUUGUUCAUUUCAUUACGCUGUUUCUUGUUCAUUUCGAAAUUAGGUUUACUGUUAUCUACGAGUACCCCACUGAUUUGAUAAUACAUAAUUCAACAGAGACUUGCUUCCUAUCAGUCUGUGUUAUGUUAUAACAGCCCUGGCUCCCAACCUAUGUAGAAAUUGAAACAAAUCAACUCUAGCUCUCUGGAGGUGAAAGGGACUGAUUAUGCACGUUAUAUUUGUAUCGAUUAGAAAAUUGAUCAAUUCCAGUGUAGUAAAGAUAAAUGGGUUUAUAGAUAUGCAUAUUUCUCAUAUAAGCCUUGCAUUUCAUCUGUUUGUUUCCUUGAUCAUUUCAAGAUUAUUGCACAACAUUAUUUUCCUGAACAAUUUAAUUUAGCGCAGAUAACCAUCUUGCGUUAUCCGCCGUUACACCCCUUUCCACUACUCGGCGGCUGUGACCGCUGAGCGACCAAAGAUUUGGCAGAUCGCGCAAGGAAUUUCGUGGAUAAAGAAACGAGUUUUGUUACGUUUUGUGUGUUUUUAGUCUUUCAAAUAAUACGUUUACAUCGUGCAUCAUAUUCCAAUUAUAAAUCAAGGGUCACAAUUUUGGUCGCUGUACGGAGCUCAGCGAUUCCCGUCUAGUGAAAAGAGGGGGGUACUAGUGUUAUGUAAAUCGCCUGUGUUAUUAUGCACGAUGUUUAGAGCAGGAGGAAUCGGUUCCGCUUUGUACCUGACAACGCGUUCUAUCAUCGGGUAAUAAUACCUUCUGUUCGCGAUGCGCAUGAUGAUACGGGAUAUUACUCUAGUGGUUUAUGACAACGGAGGCAAAAUUCUGGGACGUUGUUAUUCACUGCGGCUUUGA